AUGAAAGACGGCCGUGGUGGUCUUGUUGGGAAGGACGAGGCUGCGAAGGAGACGCGUUUAUCGUGGGCAGAGAAGGCACGCAGGCAAAUGGCAGCCGAACGUCGUUAUGAAGAAAAAGACGAGGUCAAUCAACACUGCAUUGUCCAUCUUCUCAACAUGGAGGCGCAGGAGGAAUUAAGGGAUGAGAAUUAUCCGCGUGGUGGCUUUCUCGUGCCGCUCCAAGCUCUUCCUCUUGAUGUGUGGGACGUCAUCACCCUGUUUCUAACCUUUCGUGACGUUCAACUGCUGAGCAGCACAUGUCGUUUCUUCUGGGUGCAGUUGCACAGGCGGGAAAGCAUUUGGCGUUUCCAACUCGAGCGCUUUCGACGUGAGAUGACCAUCUUGCGCAGCGACAGGCAACUUCUGUGCAUGGAGUUUCUGAAGUUAUCCUCCUGCACCGCAUAUGAGCGUCUGAAGCUUGAACGCAAACUGUACGCCCUUGACGCAAGGAGGGAAUGGCAUUUUCGAGAAAGCGAAAAGCCCGACAGGUCUAUUGGCAUUUUUUCCUGUCCGCUUAUUUUUAACGCGAGUGAUGACAACUCUGAGAAUCAUAACCCGUCUUCCUUGGGUGAUGAGGAGGAAGAGUGGGCGCUGUUGCGAAUUCGUGUCCUGCGGCCUACGCCACGGAGUACGUCUCUACUUGGGACCUGCACGCCGUCUAGCGAUGGCAACCGAUGUGACCAAAUCAUGAGCCGUCGUGUUGAUUCCAUUUACACUCCAAGUGAGUACCUGACCAUUUGUGACAACAUUAACCAUGGAGACUUCACCUGGUCUCGCAUGGUUGUUCAGGACUGUACGGCUGAUGAGGAUGGACUGUUGCUUUUUGCCUUACUACAAACAUUGCGCCGUGCCAAACGUCGACCGAUACGCCACUCCUCAGGAAAUGAGCCCCAAACCUCUUAUCACCUCAUAUUACGCCGCUUUCGUGGCACCCUGCUUGCCAUCUGUCGCUACGAGGCGGAACAAAUACUUAAAGCCACCCUACAUAUGCGCCGCAUUCUUGACGACUUUUUUAUUUUUAAUGAUCUUUCUUGGACCAGGUCCGGCGACGCCGCAGGGCUGGUGCCAUUGCUACAGACACGUUAUUUCAUUGCCCCCGAGUUGUGUCACCGUGGACGUGUUGGACUCAUCGUAGUUGACCCAGUGCGUGUGCUGGUUGUGGUGGGGAAGGAGUGUGUCACGCGAGACGAUCCGCAAUGGGAUGAAGUGUACACAACGGCGUUGGAGACAGGCCGCCCGCCGCAGGGAAGUGGAAUGAACCCUCAGCCCUCGGGACGAGUAUAG